AUGCAGUUGAUGCGAACCGCAUUUCUGCUUGCGGUGGUCCUCCUCGUAGUAACCACCAGCACGCGCGCCGAAGAUGAAAAGAAACCAGCAGGAGCUGAAGAGAAAAAAGUCGAACCUGAAGAAGAGAAAAAAGAAGCUGAAAAAUCCGCUGAUGGCAAAGAAGAAUCUGAAGAUUCUGCCAAGCCAAAACGUGGUCUGCACUUUGGUGAUUAUCAUCAUAAAUAUGAUGCCCAUCAUUAUCAUCACUAUCCAGUGCAUCAUGAAAAAACCAUAACAGUGGUAAAAAAGAUACCCGUACCUUAUCCCGUAGAGAAAUAUGUACAUGUACCGGUGGAGAAAGAGGUCCACGUGCCCUAUGAGGUCAAAAUACCCAAACCAUAUCCGGUUGUAAAGCAUGUGCCCUACGAGGUUAAGGAAAUCAUUAAAGUACCCUAUGAAGUGCCACAACCGUAUCCCGUUGAAAAGAAGGUACCCUAUCCAGUACAUGUGCACUAUGAUCGUCCAGUGCCCGUUAAAGUACACGUACCAGCACCAUAUCCCGUUGAGAAGAAAGUACAUGUACCGGUUAAAGUGCAUGUACCUGCUCCUUAUCCGGUCGUAAAGAGAGUGCCUUAUCCCGUUGCCGUACAUGUAGCCGUUGACAAGCCAUAUCCUGUAGAGAAGAUUGAACAUUAUCCCGUUGAGGUGCAUUAUGAUAAGCCAGUGCCCUAUCAUGUGGACAAACCAGUACCCUAUCAUGUUGAAAAACCAGUGCCUAUACCAGUUAUCAAGAAAGUGCCAGUACCAGUACAUGUGCCCUAUGAUCGUCCAGUGCCUGUACAUGUUGAGAAACCAGUACCCUAUGAAGUCAAGGUUAAGGUGCCAGCACCUUAUCCAGUUGUCAAGGAAGUGCCAGUUAAAAUUGAGAAACAUGUACCUUAUCCCGUUAAGGUACCUUAUGAUAAACCUGUGCCGGUACAUAUAGAAAAACAUGUACCCGAAUACCAUGAAAAACACUUCCCCUACAAAGAACCCGAAUUCCAUUACAAGAAAGUUGAACUUAAAGAAGAACAUGAACACGAAGAUUACCACGAAGAUCAUAACGAGCACGAACAUGAACACGAGCACAUAGCACACCAACAAGAAGGAGAAUAUAAACAUGAAGAAUACGGUGAUCAUAAACAGAUAGAGGAAUAUCAACAUGAAGAAGAGGAAUAUAAACCAUCCGAAGAAUAUAAACAUGCCGAAUAUGAAUCUCAAGAGGAAUACAAAUCUGAAAGUCAUGAAGAAUUAUCAGAGCAUCACUAAUGAAAUUCCGUCUGAUAAGAGUGUCUCAGUGUAAUAGAGAAACCUCAGAGAGCAUUAUUUGUGAUUAUGUGAUAGGUAUUGAGAGAGAGAUUUUUAAAGAGAGAGAGAGUGUCAAAAUAGGUAAGAAUGGCGAAAAGAAGAUGAAAGUAUAUACAAGCGAUCUAGCUAACGUUUAAAGGAUUAAUGAUGUGAUUAAAACUGAAACGAUUAAAUAUUUAAAAUUAGUUUAAAACUAAGUGAUAUUAAACACAAACUAACUAAUACAACUUUAAGUAAAAAUCCUAACAAAACUUCUAGGGUUUACGUUUAAAACUCUUAAUACUUCUUUUCGUUAAAACUUACUAACUUUCAUACAAAACUUUAACACUUUCUUCAUAUUAACCGAAAAUCAUAACUCCCAUAGUAUUCUUUAAGUUUUAAUUAAUUUCUCUGAAAUUUAAUUAUUAUAAAAUAAUUUAAGUAAUUUAACUCUAAUUACUAUCUACAGCUUAUUGUAAAUAACAAAUAUAAUACUUUAAGUUAAGAAACUAGAAAAAAAAAGUAAUGUCAACUUUAAAUUAUAAAACUAACACUUGUUUAAAGCUUAUUUAACUUAUAACACACAAAACCAAAACCUUCUUCUCUUUGCAAAAGGCCUUAACAACCAAUGCCUUUUCAGCUCCUCCUCUUCCUUCAAAGAGUUUAAAAAGGUAUUUGAUUUUGUUUUAGUUAACCUCGUGCUAAUAACUCGUCCAGUUAGAGAAAAAGCGUAAUAAAAUAAUUUAUUAUUUAAGACUUGUUAAUGUAUUUACACAAAAAGAGAUUAAACUAAUUGUUAAUUUGAAACAAAAAUUAAAAUUAACAAUUAGUUCUUUAGUUUAAUUUAAUUUAGCUUAUAAUUAAAUUUCAUUUGUUUUAAAGGAAAAAUUAUUUUCUUUAGAACAUAUGGAAUCUUCUGUUCUACCAAAUAAUUUUUAUUUUGUUAAGCAACAUAAUCAAAAUAAGAAUGUAUAAAGAAAAGAAGGAUGUUUGAAAAAAAAAUAAAAUAAAAUAUCUCAUAAAAUUGAGAUUGAAAAAAACUACAAAC